AUGGAGUUGGUGGAUCCUCCCACUAUAGGUGGGAAAUUUACUUGGAGUAAUAGUGGAGGUAGUGCUAUGAGUAGGUUGGAUAAAUUUCUUCUAUCGGACAAUUUCAUCGUUGAUUGGAAGGUCGAAGGCCAAACAAUAGUAGAAAGGGAUGUGUCCGAUCAUGCUCCAAUUUGGAUCAAAGAUAACAAGAGAAAUUGGGGUCCUAAACCUUUUAGGUUUAAUAAUAUGUGGUUUGAUCAUGAGAAGUUUUUUAUGUUUGUGGAAGGGGAAUGGAGGAAGAUUAGGGUGAAAGGUAAUGUUCCGGAAGAUAUGGUGGUUGGUAGAGCUAGAGCGGCGAUUGAUUUUUGGGAAAAUCUUAAUAAAAAAGAAGAGAGAAGAAGGAGAAACUCUUUGUGCGCUCUUGAAGCUAGAGGAGGGAGAUUGGAAGAUGUUACCGAUAUUAAAGAAUUCAUUCACAAUCAUUUUAACUUAUUUUUCAAUGAUAUUGUGGAGGAGAGACCGGUGCUUAGCGGAGUGAAUUUGAAGCCACUUAGUGUUUCGGAUAGUCAUUCUAUUGAAAGACCGUUCUCGGAGAUGGAAGUUAAGGAAGCCAUUUGGUCGUGUGAUGGUAACAAAAGUGCGGGUCUGGAUGGUUACUCUUUAGAAUUCUAUAAAAGGUUUUGGGUGGUUAUUCGGGAGGAUGUUUUACGGCUUUGCAAUGACUUCCAUGAUAAAGGUACUCUUGUGAAAUCUAUUACUUCUUCUUUUCUAGCGUUGAUUCCCAAAAACAACAAUCCGCAAAAUUUAGGUGAAUACCGUCCUAUUUGCUUGGUGGGUAGUAUUUACAAAAUUAUUUCAAAAAUUUUGGCGGCUAGAUUGAAAGAGGUGAUCGAUACUUUGGUGUCCAAUAACCAAACCGCUUUUGUUCCGGGUAGAAACAAGAUGGAUGGGGUUCUUUUGGUGAAUGAAUUACUAGAUUGGAUGAAGAAAAAGAAAAGAGGUAGCAUUUUACUCAAGGUGGAUUUCGAGAAAGCGUACGAUUCCGUUUCUUGGCAAUAUCUUAAAGAGAUGAUGAUGAGAAUGGGUUUUGGGGAGAGGUGGAUGAAGUGGAUGGAUUCUUGUAUUUUUAAGAGCCAUAUAUCCGUUUUGGUGAACGGAAGUGCUACGAAGGAAUUCAAGGUGAACAAAGGAUUGAGACAAGGAGAUCCUUUAUCUCCUUUUCUCUUCGUUCUUGCCAUGGAAGGUUUAACCACGCUUGUUAGAAAAUCUAUAGAGGUGGGGGAUUUCAAACCUUUCAAAUAUGGGGAAGAGGACUAUGCGGAUAUUUUACAAUUUGCGGAUGACACUAUAAUUCUUGGAAAAUCGUCUUGUGACAAUCUUUGGAGCUUAAAAGUUUUGUUGAGAGGUUUUGAGCUUGUUUCCGGUUUGAAAAUAAAUUUUGCUAAAAGUAAUAUUAUUGGUGUAAAUGUUGGUGAUUCGUUCCUCAAUGCGGCAAAGGCGUUUCUCUCUUGUAAUAAAGGAAGCAUCCCCUUCAAAUUUUUAGGAAUUAUGGUGGGGGAGAGUCAUAGGAAAAAAAAGGUGUGGGCGGAGGUGAUAAACAAAAUAAAGGGGCGGCUUUCUAGUUGGAAGGGAAAGAAUUUAUCUAUGGGAGGUAGAGUUACUCUUGUUAAUUCGGUUUUAAAUGCUAUUCCAACUUUCACAUUAUCUUUUUUUAAAGCUCCGACAAAGGUGAUUAAAGAGAUAAGAAGGCUUCAAAGUGAUUUCUUAUGGGGUGGGAGCACCGAUAAAAAGUGUAUUCAUUGGGUGAAGUGGAAGUAUGUGUGUAGACCGAAAGAGAAGGGAGGGCUUGGAGUGAGAGAUGUGGAGGAAGUCAACAAAGCUCUUCUCUUGAAAUGGAAAUGGAGAAUCUUGAAAGAAGAUAAUGCUAUUUGGAGUAAAUUUUUUUCUUUGAGAUAUCCUUGUCCCAAGCUCAAGUUACAAGUUCCUAAUGGAGAUAUGAAUAGAAGUGAUGAUUCAAUUUGGUGGAGAGAUAUCACCAAAAAUAACUUGAUUGAUGACUUUAUUGAUGGUGGUUUUUCCGGGUGUUUUUCGUGUUGUUGUAAAGAUGGUAAAAAUAUUCUUUUUUGGCAUAGUUUGUGGUUGGGGGAUCAAUCUCUUCGCGAGCUUUAUCCGGAUUUGUUUGAUAUGUCAACCAUAAAAAAUUGUGCGAUUGCGGACGUGUUGGUUUGGAAUAAUGGCAACCAUUUUUGGGAGUUGGAGGCUUUAUUCAGAGGCGGAGCUGCCACUGUUUUUAUGGGCGGGGCUGGUUCGGUUUUUUUGACCGGGGCUGCCACCUCUUCUUCGGAAGCGGCUGUUCGGGGGUUUCCGUGUUGGUCCCGUUUUUGUGCCGACAUAUAUUCUUUCACACCAAACGAUAUGGAGGCGGAUAGUUUUCGGUGGCGCAUCAAUCCGGAAAAGGAGUUUUCGGUAAGUAGCAUUUUGGAUAUAGUUAAUGAUUCCAAAUCUUUUGUUUGGCCAAACCAAUUAUCUUCUUUGUUGAAAGUGAUGUGGGAGCUAAAAAUUCCUCCUAAAAUGCAUAUUUUUGCUUGGAGAUUCUUCAUUGAAAAAAUCCCUUCCAAAGAUGAAUUGUUGAAUAGAGGAGUAACUUGCAUUUUAAAUUCGGAUUGUGUGUUUUGUGGUAAUCAUCCGGAGGUGUUUUCUCAUCUCUUUUUUAAUUGUCACGUGGUGAAAGAGAUUUGGACACAAAUGUAUGGUUGGUUGGGAAUUGAGGAGGUCUUAAAUGGAGUGGAUUUUUUGGAUUUUGGAGCCAUUCAAGACAAAGUGAAAAAUGCUAAUCAUAGGUUGAAGAUAAACAUUGUUUGGAUUGCUAUUAUUUGGUGCAUUUGGCUCAUGAGGAAUGCUAUAAUUUUCAAGGGGGAAGCUUUUAGUUUUGAUGUGGUUUGUUCCAACACCGUUUUUCUAUCAUGGAGAUGGUUGUCUGUUGGAUACGCUAAGUUUAGUGCCAUUUCUUAUGAAUGGUUCAAACUUCCUUUAUCUUGUUCUAACGCAAUUUAG